AUGGGCAUUCUCCUACAUAUACUAUUCUUGCUAUCGCAUAGCGCCAUACGCAGUUUGGCUUUGGACUGCCGUCCAGUGCGCAUCGAUGGGCCAUCAGUGGGUCAGCGCUCUAAUUACACCUGGGAAGAAGGGCUUCCGAUACAGUUUGGAGGAUGGUCGGAUGAAGAGAUAAAAACUUGUAUUGGGGUAGCAGAUGCAGACGAUAUAUGGCUAGUGUCGGAGGAUCUAGACUGCCCAGUCGUAUGGCCAGUAUCUGAGGGGAUAAAAAAUAUAGAAACGUCCUACAACACCCAUAUAGGUACCUUCUUACCGAAGGGGGACCUUAAAUGGUCACCAUUCCAUUUCGAUCUCAGAAAACAAGCCGACGUGUGGUAUGUGGAUGAGAAAUUGUUUGCAAGGUCUCAAGCGUUCUUUAUCCAUGAUGGCGGUGACGGGGCAACCACACUAUAUACCACCAUCACCAGCACGUCAACCUCAAGCUAUACUACAUCAACAACUGCCGCGUCAACAUCGGCAUCAGAAAGCUCCGUACGAACGAUUGCGACCGUUGUAGUAACGCGGACACUGGAACCUACUGCAACAGGCCUGGUACUCAUUGAUCAUGAGGGGGCGGGCCUCAGCACCGGGGUGAAAGCAGGCAUUGGGACAGGUGUGGCUCUAGGUUCAAUUGCUAUCGCAGCUGCGGUAUAUAUAUUUAUACUACUUCGACGGCGGCGGAAUUCGGAUAAAGUCAUCCCAAUGGUCAGCAGCGAGGACUCGAAUAAGUACUCACCCCCUGGGCCACCGGAGAUGCAUGACGAAGUACCGGGUUCACUUCCUGUCGUUAGCGAGACAAACGAUCCCCAGAAGAGACCUGCCAGCGAGAUGCUCGGAUCGAUACCGGUGGGAAAGCCGACCGGCAGGGUUGGUGAUGAUAUAGUGCAUCAUGAGUUGCCAUAA